CCCGGAACAGCGGCUGCGGCGGGCGGGCCGGCGGGGCCGGCGCCCUGAGAGCUGCGGGUACCGGAUUAAAGAAAUUAUCUGAAGACAAAGCAUUCUAUUCUUGAGAGACUGGACAAGAGUUACUCUUGCUUUUGGCAAUUAAAAAUGAUGUUGUCAUGGAAACAGUUGAUCCUGCUUUCUUUCAUUGGCUGUCUUGGAGGUGAGCUUCUCUUACAAGGACCUGUGUUUAUCAAAGAGCCCAGCAACAGCAUUUUCCCUGUUGGUUCAGAGGAUAAAAAAAUAACUUUAAACUGUGAAGCAAGAGGCAACCCUUCACCUCAUUACAGAUGGCAGCUGAAUGGAAGUAACAUUGAUAUGAGUAUGGAACACCGUUACAAGUUGAAUGGUGGAAAUCUUGUGGUUUUUAACCCCAACAGAAAUUGGGAUACUGGAAGUUACCAGUGUUUUGCAACAAAUUCAUUUGGAACAGUUGUCAGCAGAGAAGCUAAACUCCAGUUUGCCUAUCUUGAAAAUUUUAAAACCAAAAUGAGAAGUACAGUGUCAGUGCGUGAAGGCCAGGGAGUCGUCCUGCUUUGUGGUCCCCCACCACACUCGGGUGAACUAUCCUAUGCUUGGAUCUUCAAUGAAUAUCCAUCAUUUGUUGAAGAAGAUAGUCGGAGGUUCGUCUCUCAGGAGACAGGGCACCUCUACAUAGCUAAGGUGGAGCCAUCUGAUGUGGGAAAUUAUACGUGUGUAGUUAUGAGUAUGGUGACAAACGCCAGAGUCCUGGGCUCUCCAACUCCUUUGGUGCUGCGUUCUGAUGGUGUGAUGGGUGAAUAUGAACCUAAAAUAGAAGUUCAGUUUCCAGAAACUCUUCCAGCAGCUAAAGGUGCAACUGUAAAACUGGAGUGUUUUGCCCUUGGAAACCCUGUACCUCAGAUUAACUGGAGAAGAAGUGAUGGAAUGCCAUUUCCUGCCAAAAUCAAGUUGAGGAAGUUCAAUGGUGUGCUUGAGAUCCCGGCCUUCCAGCAGGAGGAUGCAGGGUCCUAUGAAUGCAUUGCAGAGAAUUCCCGAGGAAAGAAUGUAGCCAGGGGGCGUCUCACUUACUAUGCAAAGCCUCAUUGGGUUCAAUUCAUAAAAGAUAUGGAAAUGGCUGUGGAGGACAGUAUUUACUGGGAAUGCCGAGCGAGUGGGAAGCCCAAACCCUCCUACCGAUGGUUGAAAAAUGGAGAAGCCCUGGUGUUAGAGGAGAGAAUACAAAUUGAAAAUGGCGCUCUUACAAUAUCAAACCUAAAUGUAACCGAUUCUGGGAUGUUCCAGUGCAUAGCUGAAAACAAGCAUGGUCUCAUCUAUUCCAGCGCUGAACUCAAGGUUGUUGCCUCUGCUCCUGAUUUUUCAAAGAACCCAAUGAAAAAUUUAGUUCAGGUGCAGGUGGGCAGCCUGGUGAACCUGGAUUGCAAACCCAGAGCUUCCCCCAGGGCACUGUCUUCCUGGAAGAAAGGAAACACAGUGGUACAGGAGCAUGAAAGACACCUGAAGACUAACAAGAAUUGGCCAAAAAGAAGAAUUUCUUUUCUAAAAGAUGGAGGGCUGAAAAUAGCCAAUGUGACUAAAGCUGACUCUGGAACCUACACCUGCACAGCAGAAAACCAGUUUGGGAAAGCCAAUGGUACAACACUCCUGGUGGUUACAGAACCUACAAGAAUAACUUUGGCCCCUUCUAAUAUGGAUGUCUCAGUGGGCGAAAGUGUCAUUUUGCCCUGCCAGGUGCAACAUGACCCUUUGUUGGACAUUAUGUUUACCUGGUAUUUCAACGGGGCCCUCACAGAUUUUAAGAAAGAUGGAUCUCACUUUGAGAAAGUUGGUGGGAGUUCAUCUGGUGAUUUAAUGAUCAGAAACAUUCAACUGAAACACAGUGGAAAGUAUGUCUGUAUGGUUCAAACCAGGGUAGACAGUGUUUCAUCUGCUGCCGAACUUAUAGUAAGAGGUUCACCUGGACCACCGGAAAAUGUGAAGAUUGAUGAAAUUACAGAUACAACGGCCCAACUGUCUUGGAAAGAAGGAACAGACAACCACAGCCCGGUUACAUCAUAUGCUAUCCAGGCUAGAACACCUUUCUCCGUGGGCUGGCAAACUGUUACAACAGUGCCUGAGGUCAUCGAUGGGAAAACACACACAGCUACUGUGGUCGAAUUAAAUCCAUGGGUAGAAUAUGAAUUUCGAGUUGUAGCCAGUAACAAGAUUGGAGGUGGAGAACCCAGUUUACCCUCAGAAAAAGUAAGAACUGAAGAGGCAGUUCCAGAAGUGCCUCCUUCUGAAGUCAAUGGAGGAGGUGGAAGCCGGUCUGAACUCGUGAUAACUUGGGAUCCAGUCCCUGAAGAACUGCAGAAUGGUGAAGGUUUUGGGUAUGUUGUUGCCUUCCGCCCUCUUGGGGUUACCACCUGGAUCCAGACAGUGGUGACAUCUCCUGACACCCCAAGAUAUGUCUUUAGGAAUGAAAGCAUCAUGCCAUUUUCACCGUAUGAAGUUAAAGUGGGUGUUUAUAAUAACAAAGGUGAAGGACCAUUUAGCCCAGUGACAACAGUGUUCUCUGCAGAAGAAGAGCCUACAGUAGCCCCAUCUCAGGUGUCUGCCCAUAGCGUGUCUUCCUCAGAAAUUGAAGUUGCAUGGAACACCAUUCCAUGGAAGUUGAGCAAUGGACGUUUACUUGGCUAUGAGGUACAGUACUGGAAUAAUGGAGCAGAGGAAGAAUCAUCAAGCAAAGUAAAAGUGGCAGGACAUGAGACCUCAGCCAGACUCAGGGGCCUGAAGAGCAACCUGGAGUAUUACACUGCUGUCCGGGCUUACAACAGUGCCGGUGCUGGUCCCUUCAGUGCCACUGUUAAUGCAACCACCAAGAAAACUCCUCCCAGUCAGCCGCCAGGAAAUGUUGUCUGGAAUGCGACAGACACUAAAGUGUUACUUAACUGGGAGCAAGUGAAAGCAAUGGAGAAUGAAUCCGAAGUCACAGGAUAUAAAGUUUUCUAUAGGUCUAGCAGUCAAAACAGUGUGCAAGUGUUGAACACAAAUAAAACUUCAGCUGAACUUUUGCUGCCCCUUAAGGAAGACUACAUUAUUGAAGUCAAAGCCACCACAGAUGGAGGAGAUGGCAGCAGUAGUGAACAGAUCAGGAUUCCAAGAAUUACCAAUAUGGAUGCAAGAGGAUCCACUUCAGCCAUCUCGAAUGUCCACUCUAUGUCAAGUUAUAUACCUAUGGUACUGUUCUUUAUUGUAAAUGCCCUGUGGUGAUGUUUAUUCUUUUUUAAAUUAUUUACUGGAAAGUUAAUUGGUUACCCAAAAAAGUGCUUUCAUGAAACAGUGAUUGUGCAUGUUUUUUUUCAACUGUUUUUAACUUUCUACUUCAUUAUAGAUAAAAUAUGAACAUAAUAAAAAACAGUAAAUCCUUUUAGAGGAAUCUGAAAUGCCUUAAUAUUUACUUGAUAAACCAAAGGAAUUUACAUAUCACAUACUGCAGUCUUUUGAUAUAAAUGUUCUUAAGCUAUGAGUUUAUCACUGCCUAUGAUAAAGACUCAUACACUCUCACAUAGCCCCCCUCCAAAAACACACUUUUUUUUUUAACAUUGAAAUGGUCCUCAUUUAAUCCAAAUGCUCUUUUCCCAGUAUCACAACACUAUUUGUAAAACUUAAUCAACAUCAUUUUAAAAUGGCGAUUUAAAUCUCCAAGGGUAAAAACUACAUUUAAACAAUUAUCCUAUUAGAAGAGGGUGGCAUGUGUUGCUGGAAAAUGCUUUUUUUGGAGCUCAGGAGAAUAAGAUUUCUUUAGUGUACUGCUAAAUUAUUGUGAUAAUUUAGAUUUCACUUUGCUCUCUGUACCUCUCAAUAAAAUGUGAUGGUAAUAAUAUCCAUCUGAUCUUCCUCUGCCCCAUGAAUUAGUUGUUAAAAAUUGAAGAAGAAAAUGUGAAAGUGCUUUGUUAUACCAAAUGCCAGGUUCCUGUGCAAACUGUAGCAUGGAUUUCCUUAAGCAUAUAAAAUUCAUGAAGAUCAGCCACAUCUUUUAAGCUAGUAUUCUAUACUCUAGGCAAUACUCUGUUUCAUUCAGCAAUGGGAGAACUGAAAUGAAUAUAUUUUGUCCUUUUUCAUAUUUUAAAACAUAAUUUUUUAAAAAAUUAUUUUCUUCACACCCAAGAAUAAGCUUUCAGACUUUAUUACAACCCAGUUGAAAAAAUAAGAAAUGAUCAAAAUCUCAACCCAAAUAUUAAACAAAAUCCACACAGUUCUUUGUUUCUGCUUUCUGAUUCCAUUAAAGGAUCUCCUCUCUUUUGGAUGGUGGAGAUGGUUUUUUAAUGAAAUCCCACUGUCUAUCUCAGUGAGUCAGACAGGCUUUUUAGUUUCUGAGUUAAACUUGUAAUAGAACCAUAAUGCUUCUGCUGACUUUGAUAUGUAUGAUUCAGCUUUUCAAUAUGUGGUUUUCAAAGGAUUAUUGAAGACAUGACUUAGUAGCAAUAUGUAAAGAGUAUAUGAAAAUCGGCAAAUCGAGUAUUAGAUGUUCAAAAUCAAUUUUAUACCUCUUUCCUACCAAUUUCACAUUCCUCUGGAACUUAUUUGUAUUUCAAAGGUACCAAAAUUUGGAACCAACAGUUCAACUCUAGAAAAAGAUUAAAAAUUAGCAAAAUUUUGAUAUAUCUAUAAAGUACCACUUUACAUUUAGAGAUUUUGUUCAAGAUAAAGUCAUGAUAUUCACAGGAGAAAAAAUAUAACUUUCUCUAUAAAGUCUGUAUAUACUGUAUAUAAAUAGAAAAAAUCGGAAUGACUAAUAGAUUUCAUAUGACCAUUGUUAUUUCCAGUUAAAAAGGGGGAAAUACUUUCUCCAAUACUUGUAUUUUAUGCUACAUGUAAUGGAGCUGUAUGUUUUUAUUAACUAGUGAUUCCUAUAAUAUGUUCCUACAUUUUUCAUUUUCAAGAUGAUCACUCUCUUGUUUCAUAUUAUUUCUAGUAAUAUAUCUCCAUGAGAUAUGGAAAUUUUUUCAUAUUGAAAAGAUAAAAUUUAUCUUUAAAUUUCUG